GUGUGUGAAAGUGUGUGUGAAUGUGUGUGUGAAAGUGUGUGUGAAUGUGUGUGUGAAAAACCUCAGGAGGGGAGUAGAGUGGUGAACUGAAAGAAGUUCAUCACUUCAUGAAGUUCAUGGUUUAAGUGUAUUUUUUUAUUUGCAGCCUAUAUUAAUUCAGGCUGCCAAUAACAAUUUGAUUUAGCCUUUUUUUUCUCUGUCCUGCAGUUGGAGGCUGCUAUGGCAGAUCUUGAUCGAACUGAAUGCCAUACAGAAGCUGAAGAAUGCAUCUCAUCAGAUGGAAACAGGCAAGCCUCAAGCUCUGGUGAAAAAAAGAAAAAGGAUGAACUCAAACAUCAUGGUGGCGAUGAUGAUGGCGAUGAUGAUGGAGACGAGCAGGCCUCAAGCUCUGGUGGAAGAAAGAAAAAAGGAGACACCAAAAGGGACACACCGAAACAGAGUGGAGGCGAUGAUGAUAACGUUGACGAUGAUGAUGGAGACGGGCAGGUCUCAAGCUCUGGUGGACAAAAGAAAAAAGGAGACACCAAAAUGGAAGCACCGAAACAUCAUGGUGGCGAUGACGAUGAUGAUGGAGACGGGCAGGCCUCAAGCUCUGGUGGACGAAAGAAGAAAGGAGAAGCCAUAAUGGAAGCACCGAAACAUCGUGGUGGCGAUGAUGAUGACGACGUUGAUGACGAUGAUGAUGGAGACGGGCAGGCCUCAAGCUCUGGUGGACGAAAGAAGAAAGGAGACACCAUAAUGGAAGCACCGAAACAUCGUGGUGGCGAUGAUGAUGACGACGUUGAUGACGAUGAUGAUGGAGACGGGCAGGCCUCAAGCUAUGGUGGACGAAAGAAAAAAGGAGACACCAAAAUGGAAGCACCGAAACAUCGUGGUGGCGAUGAUGAUGACGACGUUGAUGACGAUGAUGAUGGAGACGGGCAGGCCUCAAGCUCUGGUGGACGAAAGAAAAAAGGAGACACCAAAAUGGAAGCACCGAAACAUCGUGGUGGCGAUGAUGAUGACGACGUUGAUGAUGAUGAUGAUGGAGGCGGGCAGGUCUCAAGCUAUGGUGGACAAAAGAAAAAAAAGUUGAUUUAAAAGAAAAGAGAAUUGCCAAGAGCAAUCAUUAAGAAGCCAUGGAGCCAAGAAGAAAGAACUGCAGUCACACAAAAGAUGGCCGGCUUUAUUGGACUUAGAAGGGUACCAGGAAAAACUGACUGCAGCAUUUGCAUCGAGGAGUCUCCUGAACUAAAAAACAGGUCAUGGAAAGAUAUAAGAUACUUCGUCUACAAUGAAAUCAUUAAAGUGAAAAA